UUUUCAAACCGGGAACGUAUCUUGUUUGAUCUCUUCUUGAUAAGAUAAGAUUUACAUUUACGUAUUCAUUUGCAAUAUUUUCUGAGUUGAUUUAAUUUUCAUCUCGAAUGCCGAGACGUUUGUUCACGUUUGCAAAAUCGAUUUUUGCGUUAUUACAAAAUUGAGUGAAUUCAAGUGAAUUUUAGUUCCAGCUUCAUCGAAGAAACUGUGCGGAACGAAAAUCAGUUGUGUUUAUUCAAUAAAGUACGGUUUUUGCAGGAUACGCCAAGUGUCACAAAAUGACGACUCAGAUUAAAACCGAUGAUUUGGAUCAAAUUUUGAUGGACACAUUUACGAAUGAAUUUCGUAAAGGAUACAUAACGGUAAAUGGUUUUUCAAUGCCAGUGGGAUACAGAGAUCUGGCUGAAACAAUCGAGAACUUCGAAGUCAAGGAUGACGACAUUUGGGUUUGCAGUUUCCCAAAGACCGGAACUACGUGGACCCAGGAAAUGAUCUGGAACAUCGCAAAUAAUUUGAACUUUGAAGAAGCGAAAGUACCAUUGAGCGAAAGAUUCCCCUUUCUAGAGUUCACCGCACUUUUCGACUACAACAGUCUCAAAGCAGCUCAUCCAGAAAAAGAGUUCAGCCAGUCAGUUGUAAAUAGCGUGGGAUUUGUGAAAGAUAAACCUUCCCCGAGAUUCAUAAAAUGUCAUUUACCGUUUUGUUUGCUUCCGCGCCAGAUACGAACUGGCGAGAAGAAACCGAAAAUCAUUUACGUGGCCAGAAAUCCAAAGGACACUUGCAUCUCUUAUUAUCAUCAUUGUCAACUGUUGGAAGGUUAUCGCGGCAAUUUCGAUGACUUCUGCCGCCUUUUCUUGGGAAACAAACUGAAUUACACCCCAUAUUGGGACCACAUUCUCGAUUUCUGGAAGCAAAAGGCACAUCUUAACUUGCUGUUUUUGAAAUACGAAUAUAUGAAAGCUGAUUUGCCAGCGGUGAUAAAGAAAUCAGCUGCGUUUCUCGAUAAAACCUUGUCCGAGGAUCAAGUAAAAACAUUGGCGGAACAUUUGAACUUUGCCAAUAUGAAAGUAAAUCCGGCUGUGAAUUACGAACAAGCCAUCAUACGGAGCAAGAAAUCGUUUAGUAUCGAAGGUUCAUUUAUUCGGAGUGGUCAGAUCGGCCAAUGGAAAGAAAGAAUGUCCGACAGCAUGAUCCAAGAAUUCAACAGGUUGACGGAAGAAAAGUUUUCUGACUACAAUCUUAUUUGUGUCGACGAGUCAGAUCGCGAGGAAUAUAGAGGGAAAUACCUUGGCAAGUUGAACGCGUAUCAUCAUCAAGUUGCUGGCGAUGUUUACGUGGUUGACGAAUACACGUUGCUGUUAACUUCCUUCAGCUACGAUGGCAACGGAGCCGAUACUUUCUUCUGGGCUGGCGCAUCGAAUCGACCUGGCCCGCAAGGUUUCAUCGUGCCUGAUGAAUGGGGCAAAACAAAUGUUCUCGAUCGAUACCUAAAUAAGGAUUUCACUCUUACCUUACCGGACAAUAAGAGAAUAACUGAUAUAAAAUGGUUCGCUGUGUACGAUCUGGGAAGCCAGAAUACGUUUGGCGACGUGUACAUCCCCGACGAGUUCGAUCCACCUGCACCACAGAAGAUCUCUCAACUAACGAAACGAUCGCACGGAGUGUCUUCGGGACCCAUUGUGAUCAUGGAUUCAAAAACUAUCAAAAUACCGGAAUUCACGUACGAGGAACGAGGAACAGACACGUAUUUCUGGGUAGGACUUGGCCCACAACCUAGUAGCAAAGGAACGAAAGUGCCAGACGAGUAUGGCUACCUGGAAUCGAUUCGUACUUACAAAGAAGAAGAUGUGAUCAUUCAACUACCUGGAGACAUGACAGUUUUCAACAUUGAUUGGUUAAGCAUAUUUGAUGUGAAGACCAAGACUAGUUACGGCUCUGUCAUCAUUCCAGAUGGAUUAAACGUGCCUCCUUCGUUAGUAAAAGUGAUCAAGCGUAUGCAGACUCUGCCAAAUUGUAUUCAACUUCACAAACGAUUUCAAGUCGGCUGGGAAAUUUUUGGUCCACAGAUCACUGUCCAAUUAACAGGACAAAUUGGUGAAGAUGAAUUUAUGGCGUUUGGUCUCUCUGGUUCCGAAACUUCUAGCCAGAUGGAAGGUGCGGAUGCGGUGAUUGCUUACGUGGACGGUACUAAAGGCUACGCGAUAGAUUAUAACAUUACCGCGAAAGCUCCAUGUGGAAAAGUCCUUGGCCAAUACAAGGGAGUCUGCAGAGAUGAACUAGUCGGUGCCUUGGAUAAUAAUCAAUUAUAUACUGCGGUCAGAGAGGAUGGGAUUAGUAUUGUUACUUACAGACGUACCCUCAACUCGUCCGAUCCAGGAGACAAAGAGUAUCCUACAGACAGACCAGUUUACGUGAUAUGGGCCUUGGGAAGAUUGGAUGAAAACAAAGAGCCAACUUUCCAUGAUGUAUAUCCCAAGAGCGAUUUGAAGUUGGAGUUAGCUCCCGAAGAACCAGAGAACACCUGUAUGGAUUUUACUGAAAAUAAUGAGAGGCUGAUAGAACCUUGGGAGAAGACAGAAAUAUUUGAUAGAAGUAUUCGGACGUUCAGAGCCACCAUCGGCCCAUCUGGAGGCAAAAAGGGCUAUCAAGGAAUUACAGGACAAACGUCUACAGGUUUAGCAUGGUACAUCGAGGGCCAAUUGGUGCCUGAACUAUACCUGCGUCGAGGAUUGACUUACAAUUUCCGUAUUCACGGCGGAAAUAAUCCUCAUAGCCCCAAUCUGUACCAUCCAUUAAUUAUAACUAACGAACCACACGGUGGAUACGAUAAACUCAGCGAUGCAGCACAAAGUACAAUUAGAGUUUUAGCCGGGGUUGAAUUCACCAGAAGAGGACAACCGAGACCAACAGCAGUUGGUCCACUUUGUUUAAGCAAACAUGGUACACGAGAUAGAAGACUAGAUGAUGAUUUCAUGACGUUCAAACAAUUCAAUAGAACAUUAGUGAGCGUGUGCGAGCCAGGUGAGGGCGGUGUUUUAGAAGUUACGCCAAAUUCCACCUGGCCAGAUAUUGUUUAUUACAAUUCAUUUACCCACGCAAAUAUGGGGUGGAAGAUACACAUAAUGGAUGCUUACUCGAAGAGCAUCGCUGUUACUCAACAAUUAUCGUUACUUGCAGGAAUAGCGGCUGUGUUUUUUCUGGACAAUAAAAAACCUUUGAAUUUCACCACGGUCGAAGGAGAUGUGGGAGAAAAAUUGGACAAGAUGUACGGCGUGAAACCUAGUUUCCUAAGAGUGGAACCAGGCAAUUGUUUAUUACCACCCCAAUUUGUUUUUCACGGUACAAAGAUCAGGGAUAUGGAGGUCUACGACGAUGAUGUAUGGAUGGUUUCGUAUCCACGAACUGGUAGCCACUGGGCACAGGAAAUGGUGUGGUGUAUCGGAAACAACUUCGACUACAAAAAUGCGGAGACUUUAUUUGUCUUACGUAAUCCGUUGCUCGAAGCUUCGUCAUUGAUGGUCACGGGAGACUGUGCGGAAUGGUUUGCGAAGAUGGGCGAUUCUGUUGAAAAUAUCACGAAGAUGAAACGACCCAGAUACAUAAAGUCUCACCUCCCUCUCGACUUGUUACCGCAGCAAAUCCAUCAAAAGAGACCAAAAAUAGUCUAUGUUACCAGAAAUCCAAAGGACACCUGUGUCAGCUUUUAUCAUUACUGUAAAAAAUUUCACAAUAUAGUAGGAAGUUUCGAAGAAUUUGCUGCAUUGUUUUUAAAAGACAACAUACCAAUGGCACCGUUUUGGAAUCACGUUUUGAAAUUCUGGGCAAUAAGAGAACAAGAGAAUGUGUUAUUUUUAACGUACGAAGAGAUGAAAAAGGAUCAAAGCGAAACGAUUAGAAGGACAGCAAAAUUUCUGGGGAAAACUCCGACGGAGAAACAAAUUGCUGACCUUAGCGAGCACUUGCAGUUUUCAAAGAUGGCAGCCAAUCCCGCCAUAAAUAUGGAGUUGAUCGUGCCGCAGAAGGACGUGCCUGAGAACGACAAAUUUAUAAGAAAGGGCAAAAUCGGUGACUGGAGAAACUACAUGUCCGAGGAGUUGUCUCAAAGAUUUGACGAAUGGACCGAGAGACACUCAGGCGGAAGUGGCCUCGUUUUCGACAAGGAAGCAAUGUCAUAUGACGAAGAAUGACACAAUAUGUAAAACGAUUAUACAUUUCUCGAUUGUUAUAUUAUUUUCAUGUUGUGUAAAUGUACAUACGGUUCCGAUUAUAUA